CUGAGAAGGACGACAUCAGCAACACAGCGAGCAUGGCCGCACCCGCACCCCACCCAGUCUCGUCUACGAGCAGCGGGCAAGACCCAGCGCAGUCCAUGACCGAUGGAGUCAAGCAAUUGGCCAUCAAUGGCGAUGCGCCGAAAAAGGGAGGCGAAAAGAAAGACAAGUCCAAGGACAAGAAGACUGCCAAGACCGAGGGCGAUGUGCCCCUCGAGUUCACGCCCACUCCUGUAUUCUUCGCCGAGAGGAUGGCCCUGUUCGAUCGGCUGAAGAAGGAGCAGGAUGAGGCACGGGAAAAGAUGGAGAGAAAGGACAUUGAGGUGACGAUGCCCGAUGGCGGAAAACGAAAGGGUGUCGCGUGGCAGACGAGCCCGAUGGACAUCGCAAAGGAGAUCAGCAAGAGCUUGAGCGAGCGAAUCAUCAUUUCGAAGGUCAACAAUGCACUUUGGGACCUUGAGCGACCCUUGGAGGAGAGCUGCACGCUCGAAUUCUUCGACUUUGAGUCGCCAGAGGGUAAGCGUGUCUUUUGGCACUCGUCGGCCCACGUCCUUGGUGAAGCUGCGGAGCGACACUAUGGCUGCCACCUAUGCAUCGGUCCACCCACCGACGAAGGCUUCUUCUACGAGAUGGGCAUGGGCCUGAGCGGCGAGCGAGUAGCGAAGCAGGAUGACUUUCCUGCACUCGAGAAUCUGGUUAAGAGCGCAAUCAAGGAGAAGCAGCGCUUCGAGCGAGUCAUCGUGACGAAAGAGAAUUUGCUCGAAAUGUUCAAGUACAACAAGUACAAAGUCCACAUUAUCUCUUCAAAAAUUCCCGACGGCACUUCGACGACGGUCUACCGGUGCGGUCCCAUGGUCGAUCUCUGCGUCGGUCCCCAUGUUCCCCACACCGGCCGCAUCAAGGCCAUGUCGAUCUUGAAGAACUCGGCUUCUUACUUCCUUGGUGACCAGAAGAAUGACUCGCUCCAGCGUUUGUACGGCAUCUCGUUCCCCGACUCGAAGCAAAUGACGGAGUACAAACAAUUCCUCCUAGAGGCAGCCAAGCGGGAUCACCGCAAAAUCGGCAAGGAGCAGGAGCUCUUCCUCUUCCACGAGCUCAGUCCAGGAUCGUGCUUCUGGCUGCCGCAUGGAACACGCAUUUACAACACCCUCCUCACCUACAUGAAGAGCGAGUACCGCAAACGAGGCUUCGAGGAGGUUAUUUCGCCCAACAUGUACAACAAGAAGCUUUGGGAGACGUCGGGCCAUUGGCAGAACUACGAAGACGGCAUGUUCAUUCUGCCUGUCGAAAAAGAGGAAUUUGCUCUGAAGCCCAUGAACUGUCCCGGGCACGCCCUCAUGUUCGGCUCGCGCGAUCGUUCGUACAAGGAGCUGCCCCUGCGCUACGCCGAAUUUGGUGUGAUCCACCGAAAUGAGGCCUCGGGUGCCCUCAGCGGACUGACGAGGGUCCGACGAUUCAUCCAGGACGACGCCCACAUCUUCGCCAUGCCUAGCCAGAUCGAAGAGGAGAUGGACGGCUGCUUUGACUUCCUCGACGCCGUGUACGGCAAAUUUGGCUUCACCUUCAAGCUUGAGCUGAGCACGAGGCCCGAGAAGUUCCUUGGCGACAUCAAGGUGUGGGACGAGGCCGAGAAGCGUCUUGCAAAAGCUCUCGACAAGUUUGUGCCGGGCAAGUGGGAGCUCAAUCCCGGCGACGGUGCCUUUUAUGGCCCCAAGAUCGACAUUACCAUCUCGGACGCCAUGAAGAGGCAGUUCCAAUGUGCUACGAUCCAGCUCGAUUUCAACCUGCCCGAGCGCUUCAAUUUGCAAUAUCGCACAGCCACUGGACACGGCGUCGAGGGGGAAGCCGCUGGCAAGGAGUACGACCGGCCGGUCAUGAUCCACCGAGCAGUCCUGGGAAGCCUGGAGCGUUUCAUCGCCAUUUGCACGGAGCACUUUGGCGGAAAGUGGCCGUUCUGGAUGUCGCCAAGACAAGUUCUCGUGGUUCCAGUCACGCAGACGGUCUACGGAUACGCCGAAGAGGUUCAGUGCCGCCUGGCCCAGGAGGUUGAGCUGUACGUCGAUGUCGACCUUUCUUCUGACACGUUGAACAAGAAGGUCAGGAGGGGCGAGGUCGGCGGAUACAACUUUGUCAUCAUCGUUGGCCACGAGGAGAUGGAGAAGCGGGCGGUGAACGUGAGAAACGGGCACGGUACCACGGGCAAGGGUAGGGACGAGGCCGUCAGUCUCGACGACGUCUGCGAGAGGUUCAGAAAGCUCAAGGAGAGCAAGAGCCUGGAGAAUAUCCUGUAAGGGAUGACUGGUGCCGAUCUGCAAUCAAAUUUGCCCAAUCCUCUUCGCAUGUGUGUGGUGUUGCAUGCCUUGUUCGCUUGCUCACAAGGAAGAAGAUCAAGGCAAAGGGCUCCCUUGGACUGACUGGACUUUUCAACAAGAAUAAAAUGAUGCAGCCAUUGCGCUUUCCUUCAAGAUAGAAUGUCUUAUUAUUCAGUGAAUAGAUAUCAAGCAAAUGAAU